GCGGGGACCGAGUCGAGCCCCGGCCAGCGCGCUGCUGUGGCCGGCGGGCGGCCCGCGGGACAUGACGGCCGAGGGCGCGGGCGCAGAGCCCGGCGCGGCACGGCUGCCCUCCCGGGUGGCCCAGCUGCUGUCGGCGCUCUUCUACGGGACCUGCUCCUUCCUCAUCGUGCUGGUUAACAAGGCGCUGCUGACCACCUACGGUUUCCCGUCGCCGAUUGUUCUUGGAGUCGGACAGAUGGCAGUGACCAUUAUGAUACUGUAUGUGUCCAAGCUGAAUAAAAUCAUCCACUUCCCCGAUUUUGAUAAGAAAAUUCCCAUGAAGCUGUUUCCUCUGCCCCUCCUCUACGUCGGGAACCACAUCAGCGGAUUGUCCAGCACAGGGAAAUUAAGCCUGCCGAUGUUCACCGUGCUCAGGAAGUUCACCAUCCCACUCACCCUGCUCCUGGAGACCGUGAUCCUCGGGAAGCAGUAUUCGCUCAGUAUCAUCGCCAGUGUCUUUGCCAUCAUCCUCGGGGCCUUCAUAGCAGCUGGCUCCGACCUUGCCUUUAACUUGGAAGGUUACCUGUGCGUGUUCCUGAACGACCUCUUCACUGCGGCCAACGGGGUUUAUACCAAACAGAAGUUGGACCCGAAGGAGCUGGGGAAAUACGGGGUACUUUUCUACAACGCCUGCUUCAUGAUCGUCCCUACGCUCGUCAUCAGCGCCUCCACCGGAGACCUGCGGCAGGCUACUGAAUUCAACCAAUGGAAGAAUGCUCUAUUUAUCGUGCAGUUUCUCCUGUCUUGCUUUUUGGGGUUCCUGCUGAUGUACUCCACGGUUCUGUGCAGCUAUUACAACUCCGCCCUGACCACGGCCGUGGUGGGAGCCAUCAAGAACGUGUCCGUUGCCUACAUCGGAAUGUUCCUUGGUGGAGACUACAUCUUCUCCAUGUUAAACUUCAUCGGGUUAAAUAUUUGCAUGGCAGGGGGCCUGAGAUAUUCCUUCCUCACACUGCGGAGCCAGUUCAAGACCCCGUCCCCCGUGGAUGAGGAGAGCAGCCCUCCGGAAGGGAAGAGCUAGCUGCAGCGGGCUUGCGGCGGAAGUGGGACACCAGAGCCUGGAUGAGAACUGGUGCCAAAUGCCAAGAGAGCUACCUCACAGCCCACUGCCCCCAUGAGCCGCCCUGGGUUCCCAGCUGUGUGUUCAGGCCCAGCCUCAGCAUUCGGGGGGUACAUUUCUUCGCAAUCCACAACUGGAAUUAGCAUAUACGUGAGGGGUCUUCAACUGUUAUAAUGAUGAAACUGUGUGGCUUCAUUUUUGAUACCCAAACGCAAGGAUUCUUUAAAAGGCUUUUAUAUCCAAAUGAAAUCGAAAGAUAGACUUGUUUUGAUAUAAAAAAUCUAUUUUUGAGAGCUAGGCAUAAUUUUUAUAACAGGUGUUUUUUUGUGAAUCUGUGGAAGACUCUGAGGCACUUCUUCCAGUUCGUUGCUGGGAGCUUUCCGAAGUCCCGUGGUGGAGCACUGGGUGCUGG